UGGUCUGAAUGGAUACAUUAUUGAUGGACUACCCCUUGAACCAAUCGUUUGCUAGAACAUGAGCAGGGUUUUCCACAAAUUGCACUGCAGUAUUAUUCUAUGGGAAUGAAACCGUCUAGUAAAAUAAUAGGACGCUGCUGACCGCGCGACAAUCAUCAGAAGCUCUGUAUUGUGAACAUUGGAUAACAUGUUACUGGACCUCGUGAACAUAGUUCCGCGUAUUCAGAGUGGAUAGAUGUAAGUGAUGCCCUGCACGAAAAAUGUCUUGCUGGACGGAACGGUUGUAGGCUAUUAUAAAGAUGUAUGCCGCAAUUUGAGAGCCUGGUAUCAGGUCAAGUGGCGUUACUGGCUGUCAGCAUCUGUAUGCCUAUCGACUUUAUAUUCAUUUACGCGCCUAUCCUUGGGAAUAGGAUUGUGCAUUGCUGACGCCUAAAAUUCAAGUCACUGUUGUCUUCUAAUUGGAAUAUAAUCAGUGCCAAUCAUCGUUGGAAAAGUAGACCAACCCUUUUAUUCCACCUGUUGUUCCCCACAUGAGCAAAUAUGGGGAAUAGAUUAUCAGAACCACAGACCUUCCUCUCAAGAAUCCCCUUCUUUCAGUCAUUCCAUAUCGCCAUUUUGGGACUGGACUCUGCAGGUAAAACAACUGUCCUGUACAGGUUGCAGUUCAAUGAGUUUGUCAACACAGUGCCUACCAAAGGCUUCAAUGCAGAAAAGGUCAAUGUGUCUUUGGGCGGCCACAGGACGGUGACCUUCCAUUUCUGGGACGUGGGUGGUCAAGAGAAGUUGCGUCCAUUGUGGAAGUCAUACACACGCUGUACUGAUGGAAUUGUAUUCGUGGUGGACUCUGUAGAUGCCGAACGCAUGGAGGAGGCUAAAACGGAGCUCCAUAAGAUCGCCAAGACCGGAGACAACCAGGGAGUGCCACUGCUAGUGGUGGCUAACAAGCAAGACCUGAGGCACUCUCUGAGCCUGGCGGAGAUUGAAAAGGCACUAGCGUUGAAGGAACUGGGCCCUGGCACGCCUUGGCACCUGCAGCCCACCUGUGCCAUCAUAGGAGACGGACUAAAAGACGGCAUGGAGAGACUCCAUGAAAUGAUCCUUAAACGGAGAAAGAUGCUUCGCCAACAGAAGAAAAAGAGAUGAUCAAGGAGGGAACUGAAUCUCUUGUUUUAAAUGAAGGACAAAAAGGAGAUGUUCUCGCACCUGGGUGGAUAUAGGAAUUCUCCCAUAGGCUCGGCACACUGAGUUAUAUCAGUCAAUGUUAAACUAGGUUCUUGUGUCUCAGACAGCAAGUCUCUUUGCUUCGUCUUCAGUAUUUGUUGCUUUUUAGUGGUUGAGAAAGCACUAUGGUAAAGGAUUUGGUGUUUAUGGAUUUAUAUAGGAAUUUGUAAGUUGUCGUUACAAAGAAUGGUUUUGAUCCUUGAUAUUAGACCAUUAGUAAUGGCUACUUCAAAAUUGAACACCAAAAAUGACAUGUUUGACGAAGAACAGAAAAUAAUUCACUUCUCUCUACAAAGGUUAGUGGGAGGACAACAAACGUGGUCUUCCUCAAACGGAACUUUUGAACCUUGUAAAGAGUGCCUAGGCUACUUUUAAAUGUUGUACCUUUUUUUGUAAACAUUUUUUUACAUGUUUCUUUCCUUCUCAAAAGGAAGGUACAGUCUUGCGCUUUUUGUCUGUCUAGUGUACCUAUACUGUCUGUUUGUUAAUGCACUUUAGAUAACCUUUUUUGAUGGAGUUUACAGCCUUGAGGUUUCCCAAUGUAGCUUAUUACACAAAGAGUUUAGUUGCUUCAGAAGAAGCCAACUACUGGGUCCCUAUUGGCCACAUGGACAAUAGAUGGGAUAUGUGUUUCAUGUUUUCAUCUUUAAUAAAAACCUCUUUGCAGCA